CACAGUCUCCCAACUAACGCAUCAACGGUAGAUAACAAAGUCACCACUUGGUUUAUACAACCACAAGCCGUUCAACAGGAUACAGUAUUUUAGAUACACUGCGAUUCAGACCGACAGCAAACUCAUAAACGAUUAUACUACCUCCACGGGGCAUUGGAGUGUGUCUGUCCAAGUUUCUAGGUCUCCAGUCCGCCACCCAUUUACCCGUGUUCCCGACAUUAAUUAUCGCUAACGUCGCUUUCUUUUUGCUAACAUUCCACACGCGUGAAGAACGGCAUUUAGUAAGAGCUUACACAAUCAUAUCUAAUGAUCGCCUGUUCCGGCGUUUCCCUAAUGCCGUUAAAUCGAGUGGAGGCAGUUCCAGUUUGAGACCUAUAAAGACACCAGUUUUUAUUAUUGCAUAUUUCCAAAAGGGAAAAACAUGACAGAAGUGGAAAGUAGAAUGAAGGCAGUGGAAAGAAAGAAAAGCGAUGGACAGCCACCUGAAGGACCGGCUGAUAUACCAAUGCUGGGUACUGUGGAACUCCGAGACCUGGACAAACCCAGCGGCAAGAAAAAGUCAAAAAAAUGCAAAAUACUCAGUGGGGUUCUGCUGCUGUGUUUGCUGAUCAUAAUUCUAGCGCUUGUGUUUGGACUGACAUCACGCUGUUCGGAAGACGCUCUGGACUGGACAUGUACCAAACUGCGGUGUGGUGAACAAAGGCUGCCUGGAAGUCAUUGUUUCUGUUCUGAUGAUUGUUUAACUAAAGGAGACUGCUGUACCAAUUAUAAUAGUGUUUGUCAAGGUGAGAAAAGCUGGUUGGAGGCAGACUGUGAGGAUAUUGAUACACCCCAGUGUCCAGCAGGAUUUUCACGACCACCUGUCAUUCUGAUUUCCUUGGAUGGGUUCCGAGCUGAAUACUUGCAAACCUGGGGUGGUUUAAUGCCAGCAAUAUAUAGAUUAAAAGAAUGUGGAACCUCUGCCCCUUACAUGAGACCCGCUUACCCUUCCAAAACAUUUCCCAACCACUACAGCAUUGUUACAGGACUCUAUCCAGAAUCCCAUGGCAUAGUGGAUAAUAACAUGUAUGAUGUGACUCGAAAUGCCACUUUCAGCCUUAACACGAAGGAGAAGUUCAAUCCCAGCUGGUACCAAGGCCAACCUAUAUGGUUGACUGCAAAGUAUCACAAUCUGAAGUCUGGAACAUUUUUCUGGCCUGGAUCAGAUGUUGCAAUCAAUGAGACUUACCCAGAUAUCUACCAGAUUUAUAACAAGAGCAUACCAUUUGAAGAAAGAAUUUUCACUCUCCUUAAGUGGUUGAGUUUACCUUCUGAAAAAAGACCUGACUUGAACACAUUGUACCUUGACGAACCAGAUCACUCUGGGCAUCACUUUGGACCUGUGAGCAGUGAAGUAAUUCAGGCCUUGCUUAGAGUAGACAAGAUGGUAGCAAUGCUAAUGGAUGGUUUGAAACAGAGAAACUUGCAUAACUGUGUAAACAUUGUCCUUCUUUCUGAUCAUGGAAUGGAAGCAGCUAGCUGUAAGAAGGUAGAAUAUAUAUCUAAGUACAUGGAUAAUGUGGACAACUUCAUAAUAAUACCUGGUCCUGCUGCUCGGUUACAACCAAAGAAUCUACCAGAGGACUUUUUUACUUUUGACUAUGAAGGCAUUGUGAAAAAUCUUUCUUGCAAAGCUCCCAGUCAACACUUUAAACCUUAUAUGAAACAACACCUACCAAAGCGUUUUCACUUCGCCCGCAACAUCAGAAUUGAACCAGUUCAUUUCUAUAUGAAAUCUCAGUGGCAGGCAGCACAAGAACCAGAUGGUCUGAAAUAUUGUACAGGGGGGUUCCAUGGCUCUGACAACAUCUUCAAAAACAUGGAGGCAAUUUUUAUAGGGUAUGGACCAGCAAUAAAAUCCAACAAUAAAGUGGAACCGUUUGAAAAUAUUGAAGUCUACAACCUAUUGUGUGAUUUGCUGAAUAUUACACCUGCACCAAACAAUGGAACCCAUGGAAGUCUGAAUCAUAUUUUGAAGAGACCCGUCUAUAGUCCAGUCCAUCCUACAGAGGUGUCAUCGCCUAACAUCUGUUCUAUAACUACUCUGCUGCCAUCAGAUACACUCGGAUGCCAAUGCAGUUUUCUUAGUAAUCCAGAGGUAGAAAACCUGAACAAACAACUGGAGUGUAAUGGAGAUCAAGUGAACACAGCAAAUGAUCUUCACAUGCCAUUUGGAAGACCAAGGGUUUUGCGACAAAAUGCUAAAUACUGCCUUUUAUACCAUUCUCAAUAUAUAAAUGGAUACAGUCAGGAUUUUCUGAUGCCAUUAUGGUGUGCAUACACUAUGCAAAAACUAGAAAAUGUUAGUUCUUUAAAGCCAGAAAGUGCAGACUGUUUGCGCGCUGAUGUUCGUAUCCCUGCUAGUCAGAGUCAAAGCUGUCUGAGCUACAAGAGAGAUCCUAAUCUUACAUUUGGAUACUUGCAUCCCCCUAAUCGAGGGCCACCCAGCAGAAAAGCUGACUCACUGAUAACUAGCAACACAGUACCAAUGUAUACUGCUUUCAAAGAUAGCUGGAUCCAUUUUCACAGUGUGCUGCUAUUAAAAUAUGCCAAGGAAAGAAAUGGACUCAAUAUAAUUAGUGGACCAGUAUUUGAUUACAACUAUGAUGGACACUUUGAUACUCCAGAGCAACUUAAACAGAAUGUUACAGAUACUCAAAUUCUCAUCCCAACUCACUAUUUCGUAGUAUUGACCAGCUGUAAGAAUUCUUCUUACCCCCCUGAGGCUUGUAAUGGCAGUUUGGAUGUUUUCUCGUUCAUUAUACCUCACAGACCUGAUAACACGGAGAGCUGUACAACUGGUACAGACCUGCAGUGGGUGGAAGACUGGCUCAAGUUCCAUGUGGCUCGUGUACGAGAUAUAGAGCUGCUAACAGGACUCGGCUUUUACCAGGACAGAAGACAGCCGCUCACUGAGAUUUUACAGUUAAAAACAUUUUUACAGACUUUUCAGAAUGAAGAUUAAUUUCCAACAGGGCAUUUUUAUAUAUAUUUUUUGUUUGUUUUUUUGUUUUUUAAUGUGCUGCCUGUAAUCAUGAAA